AUGGGGCACUAUUCCUCCCACAAUACCAAUGAUGGGGAACUAUUCCUCCCAGCAAUACCAAUGAUGGGGAACUAUUCUUCCCAGCAAUACCAAUGAUGGGACACUAUUCCUCCUCCUACUGAAGAUAGGCACUAUGUAACUGACCACCAAUCCUGACGCAAUGUUUAUUCUCACUGAUGCCGGGCCUGGGACAUUUUCUACCCCCACUGGUCAC